AUGGGUACGACGACUAUCAACCCCCAGGAAACUUUAGCCAUUAACUCAAAAGUAACCGACGACAGUGGAAUGACAUGGGGCGCUACAUUGAUCGUCCCUCAGGCUAUGGAAUGGGGCGUCAGCGUCGACUAUUCGGCUACCAGCAUGAAUUACGGGAUGUUGUUGCAGGGAGUCGGUGGGUUAAUGGCGAUUCCGUUGAUUGAGGCUUUUGGACGACUUCCUGUUUGGUUGUGGCCGCAGCUCAUAACGACGUUUAUGGUUCUUGGUGCCACGCUGUCGACGAACUAUGAUACUUUUACUGCGUUUAGGUCGCUGCAGGGGCUGUUUGGGACCGUGCCGCAGGUUGUUGGGCUCCCGAUUAUUCAUGAUAUGUAUGAUCCUGAAGAAUGGCCUCAUAUGAUUAAUAUUUGGGGCACUACUUUCUUGAUCGGUCCCUUCCUCGGCCCCGCCAUCGCAGGAUACAUCGGUGCCGGCAGCGACUGGAAGACAUCAUUCGGCAUCUUGACCUUAUUCUAUGGCCUCUCCACCAUCCUGAUUCUGCUAUUCGGAUACGAAACGUACUUUGUGCGAGGUCAGGAAUGUCAACGUAAUUCUCGGAUUCUGUCGAUGUUCGGCAUUAAGAACCACAAUUUACCGGUGUUUUCGACAAUCACGUACUGGAGCAAGACGCUUGUCGUUUAUAUCUUCAAAGCCCCGCUGCUUUUGACUGGCAUUGCGACCAUGGUUAAUUUUUGCUGGCCAAUUGGGAUCACCGUAACCGUAUCCACAUUCGUCGCUCAACCACCCUAUCUCUUCGACAUGGUCGAAUCCGCCUCUCUGCGAUGGGCUCCGAUCAUUGGCGGUCUUCUCGGCUACUCGUUCGGCUACUGGUUCAACCACUGGAUCCAUAAAUCCCGCAAUCCCAAAAGCACCUGGUAUCCCGAAGCCCGACUGCACGGUGUCUGGGUGGCGAUCGGCGUCAUGGCGUGUGGUCUGCUCACGUACGGUCUGACGCUGCAUUUCCAGAAACAUUGGAUUGGGCUGGCGUUUGGGUGGUUGAUGGUGGUGUUUGGGAUGAUUUCGAGUACUGUAUCGAUUACUGCCUACGCGCUUGAAAAAUACCCAGACCAAUCGACCGUUGUCUCGGCUAUUAUCAACGCCUGGCGCACGGCGAGUGGCUUCUCAGUGGGAUAUUUUCAGCCGGCGUGGAUCGCGCGAAACGGGAUUGCGGCGGUGUUUGGGACACAGAUUGCGGUUGUGAUGGCCGUGUUGGUACUUACUAUUACGCCUGUGAUCGUUCUUGAGAGAAAGAAGAUGAGGGGAGAGUAA